AUGCAGUUAAGCACAGGGUUUGCUCCCAGUGCACCAGCAACAUCACUGGCAAAAUCGACAUCUAUACAGCCAAUGAGAGUACACAAAGAAUGUGAGCAUGUGAAGAAUGUGAAGCUUCAGAGUUCUGCAGACUCAGACGUUUCCCAAGAUGAUCCUCCUCAACCCAGACCACCCCCUGAGCCCCCCUUAGAUGCCUCACCUCAGGAAAUCCAACCCACAGUGCCUCAGAACCCUUCCAGAACCCAACCCAACUCCUCACAGACGGAGCUCAGCAGUCUACAGAACCAGGAAGAUCGAAGCCGAACCAAGAAUCUGACGGUGAACCUUAAGCGGACUCUGCCAACCGCCCAGAGUUUGAAGCUGAGGCAGGUUCCGUCCGCACCACUCAUUCGUUACCAGUGCGGAGAGUGCAAAGCUCUUUUUGUCUCGCUGAGUCUCUGGCAACGCCAUAGCAAACUGGGCCUGUGCUCCACCACUGGGAUAGAGGACAAAAGUGAUGAAGAGAAAGUGGAGGACGUCAAAAGUGAGGUUCAGACAUGCCUGUGUAUUCAGUGUGGUUCCAGUUUCAACUCCGAAGAGGCAUUAGCCACUCACCGCAGUUCCCACCACGGCCUGAAGGGGGCACUACACCGAUGCCCCAUCUGUACACAGGAGUUCAUGAACACCACGCAGUUCCUCUACCACCGGCGGCAACACCGUCAGAAAGGUGAGGAGGCUGUACCAACACACAGCGCCAACCCUAUGCCGGGAUCACUCCGACAGAGGACAACAGAGGGGGAGAGGUGGAAUUUGACAACAAAGGAUGGGAGCUCUGAGGAAGAUGGAGGGAGCUCCGCCCCUGGCAUGCACAUAGCCACGCCCACAGCCACGCCCACUGAACUCACCCCUUUGCCCCAGAAAUCCUCGUCUUCGGCUCCUGAGCCAUGCCCAGUGUGCGGGCAGCUCUUUAAACGCCGCUGUCACCUCCGUGCCCACCUGCAGCGCCACAGCGGCCAGAAACCCCACAGAUGCCCGCUCUGCCCAAAAACCUUCGCCUACAAGAGCAACCUGGGCCGCCACAGGCUGGUCCACGGUGCCAACCGGCCAUACUCGUGCCAACGCUGUGGGAAGGGCUUCACCCAGUCUGGCUCACUCAAACAACACAUGCUACUGCAUGCCCGGAACGAUGCCAACCAGCAGCACACAGAGAGAGAAGAAGAGGAGGAAGGGGAGGAGCAGGAGGAGGGGAAGGGAGGGAAGAAGGGAGAAGAGGAGAAAGGCAAAGAAGAGAAAGCACUGUUGUCUUUCUCCUCUACUGACUGUUCCAACACCUACUGUUCUCACAGCAAGCUGCUAGAGCAUAGGUCUGUUCACACCGGUCAGUUCUCCUGCUCUGUCUGUGGCCAGUACUUCCCCCGGAAGAGGAGCCUCCAACUUCACGUACUGUCACACCAAGGAAAACAGCCACUGACCUGCCCUCAUUGCUCAGACCAGUACCUCAACAGGUCCCAACUGGAUGCUCAUUUGCCACGCUGUGCAGGGGGGGCGGGGCUAUGCACAGAGGAAGGCAUGGGAUUGCCUGGGAGGGGUUUUGGUGGGCGGGCCGGGCGUGUGGGCAGGUUAAGCUGUGAUCUGUGUGGGCAUCGCUGUGUGACUCAGGAAGGGCUGGACCUUCACCGCAUGUCUCACUCUGGCCAAACGCCCUUACGCUGCCCGCUGUUGCCGUGCCGACGGCGUUUCGUCACCGAUGCUGCGCUGCAGGAUCAUUUGCUCACCCACUGCCCCUCCCCCUCAGAAUCAGGCUCCGUUGACACCAUGGUUAAGCCCCGCCCAUACCACUGCCAACACUGUGGGAAGGAUUUCACCACUGCUUCAUCCCUCAACGUCCACCUCAGGGUGCACACUGGAGAACGACCCUUUCAGUGUGGCCAGUGUGGUAAGUGUUUCCGGCAGAUUCCACACCUGCGGGAUCAUGAGCGUUUGCACAGUGGAGAGCGGCCGUUUGUCUGCAGCGUAUGUGGUCGGGGUUUUGUCCUGGCUGCUCGACUGGCAGAACACGCUCGCACCCACAGCGGCGACAAACCCUACCAGUGCUCCCAGUGCCACAGGGCCUUCCGUUCCCUCUCCAACCUGGGCAAGCACCGCAAGACUCACAGUCGUCCUGGCAACAUCCCUCCCGAUGCCCUGGGUGCCAUAGAGGGGCAAGAUGGGGGCGGAGCUCUCUCUAAAGGAGACGGAGGGACGACUGUUCACACCAUCUUCCUGGUUCAGCCUCAACAAGCUCUGCCUCCUGUUGACACCGCCCCCUCCUCCAUCACCACCGUACCCUCUCCCGCCCCCUUGGUCCUCCUGCAGCCUGUAGUUACUGUUAGUGAUGAACAACAAGGGACAGUCAUGCAUCAUGCCAUUGAAGUCAUUGUUUCAGAGACAGGAGAUUAG